GUUCACUGUGCGUUCAUGUGGAGUCAAGUAACAAGGCAGAGUGAAACAGAAAAGUCAAGAGCUGUUCUCCAAAUGGAUGUGUUUGCAGUUCCAGGCGACAGGCAUAAAGGAUGGUACCUUUCUUUAAUGGCUCCAAACACAAAAGGUCCAGAGUUCGCCUGGCUGGACCCGUCCAGACUUUACUGCAACUCCCAGGCUCUUGCAGACUGUGCCAAAGACCUUCUCAGUCCUUUCCAAAGUGACAACAUUGACUUGGUUGCUGGCAUGGAUGCAAUGGGAUUCAUUCUUGGGGCUUCUGUUGCCACCGCUCUUGGAAAAGGUUUCCUGGCUGUUCGCAAAGCAGGUCACCUAUGUGUCCCCACCCAAGGCCAAAGCUACACAGACUACACAGGCAGGGAAAAGACUAUGGAAGUAAGACUGGAUGUGCUAAGACCAGGUUCGAGGGUGUUGUUAGUGGACCAGUGGAUAGAGACUGGAGGCACAAUGAAGGCUGCCAUUCAGCUGGUAGAGAAACUGGGAGCCACAGUUGUAGGCGUCGCAGCUGUGGCCAUCGAGAACACCGAAGGAGGAAGGUGGAUUAAGGAAAACUACAAAUUCUCUCACUGCAUACCCGAAGAGCUGCAGAGCCAAAUUGAUGGAAAAUACCUCGACUCCUUCAAAAGCUUCAACAACUGAACAAGUUAAUGUGAUUCCUUAAAGGUUCAGCAAAGAAGGCAAAGCACAGAAAUUUUAUAAUACAUGUAUAGAUAUAUUUUUUAAGAAAUACAGUGAACUCAUAGAAUAGCUGGCUUUUUUUUUUGAUUUAUUCUAUUUUAAAUAACCGAAACAAUUUCUAUUCUAUUGUUUAAUGUCCUAACAACAUGUAAAGCUCACCAUGGGAAAAUGAAAAAUAUGAAAACCACAUUAGUUUUGAUACUGACCAUAAAAGUCUGUGAUAAAUCUGAUUGUAAACAGAAAAAAUAUACCUUUCAAGUAUCUUCAUUACAAAUAUGGCUCCCAGUCUUUGGUCUGGGACCUCAGCGUGCGAUGGAUAAACGGAGAAGAUGAUGAACAAGAUAUAAAAACAAGAACAAAUUUUCUUUUUAGCCUCUAACAAAUAUAACUGGUCACUUAAAUGCAAUGAAAAAAAAAAAAAGAGCCAAAAAAACAAAUU